UUUCCUACUAUCGGACCAUCAUCACCACCAUAUAUUUCCUCCCCACUUCUUCUGCUUGUUGUUCUUGGGGAAGAACACAAGAAGAAGAAAGAAAUGCAGAUGGAAAAUCUAAAUCCUCCCGGAAUCCCUAACCCUAGACCCAAUCUCCCCCGCCCCAGUGCUCCGCCGCCCGCGGCGCCGCCACCGUCCGCGUUUGGAGACCCGCAACCCGCCCCUGGCUCCCCACUCCGCCGUCCUCUCCACCGGCGCGCCCAGUCCGAGCUGGCCUUCCGGAUACCUGAGGACGUCCACCUGGGCUAUGGCGAUCCCGCGGUGUCGGGGAACUCCGACGAGAUCGGGUCGGAGGAUGACCCUAUUUCCACGUAUAUCGAUGUCAAGAAGAUCGGAUCGAGGCUCGAGGAGAGCGGAUCGCGGUCGGACGGCGUCGGAUCCGAGGAUUGGACGGCUGGGAAUGGCGCGGGUGGAGAGGAGGAGCCCUGGGUGGGGAAUGCCGGUGGCGAGGCGGCGGCCCCGAGGCCGAAACAUGCGCACAGCAGCUCGGCGGACGUAUCGCUGAUGGCGAAGUCGAGGGGUGAGGGCGUCUUUGGGGAGGUGAUGGAGGCGAAGAAGGCCAUGCCGCCGGAGAAGCUCUCGGAGCUGGCGGCUAUCGAUCCGAAGCGGGCUAAAAGAAUUCUGGCAAACCGGCAAUCCGCAGCUCGCUCAAAAGAAAGAAAGGCACGUUAUAUCGCUGAACUUGAACGGAAAGUUCAGACCCUUCAAACUGAAGCCACAACUCUUUCUGCACAACUCACACUAUUACAGAGAGAUACUACUGAGCUGGCUGCAGAAAAUGCUGAGCUCAAAUUACGACUACAAGCUAUGGAGCAGCAGACUCAACUGCGAGAUGCACUCAAUGAAACAUUAAAACAGGAAGUUGGAAGGCUCAAGAUUGCCACUGGGGAAGCAGCAAGCCCUAGUGGUACCUAUAGCAUGGAACUUUUAAAUGUGCCGUAUCCGUCAUUCUUCAUUCCUUCCCACCAGCAACCAGGCAAUCAUCAGGCAAUUCAAUUGCACCCCGAGUUUCAGCAGUCCCAGCCCAACAUCUCCGGUCACCAGAUUCUCACCCACUGCCAUGCCUUUUCUGAUGGGAUGUGGCAAGACCCUCAUGGGAAACUACAAGAAUUAGAUACCCGAAAGGGCUCGCAGAUGGCAAAAUCAGAGAGCUCCUCAAUUUCUGCCAGUGAAAGCAGCAGCACUUUCUGACCAAGGCCACUUAAGAAAUAGCACAUUUGUUAGAUUCAUUGUCCAUAGACUGACAUCCUUGAUCUUCUCUUGCUGGUUCUUUAUUAUUUAUUUUAGUCAUUUUUAUUCAACCGAAAUUAUUUGUUCUUUAGGCUUAAUAUAGUUUUUCCCCUUUCUUUGUUAAUUUUCAGGUUGAUUGUUCUGGGAAGUUACUCGUGUUCAGGGUCAUUUUCUGAGUGAUGUCUUUUGGGGAAUGAGAUUGGUUAAGAGUCUCAUCUUCUGAUCUUUAUAUUGUUUAUACUUCGAACUUUAAAUUUUAUUUGGUUCCAUUUAUUUUGGAUUUCAUGUCCUGUUUCCCCUCAGUUUCCUCUGUUGAACAUUAGGCAUGCAUGUGUUGUACAAUCAAGAAAUACAAACUCAGUCAUGAUAGUCCCCAGUCAUAUUGGAGA